AUGGUUUUCAAGGGCGGCGGGGGCGCUGGGCCGGUUGCCGGCGGGCGCGCCGUGCUCGAGGUGGGUCAUCGGAGCGCCAAGCCCCCCCCCUGCGGCCCGCCCGCCGCUUCGGCGUCGACGGUGGAGGACACGGGGCAGCCCUCCGCCUGGCGGGAGCUGCCCGAGGGGCUUUUCUCCGCCGUGGUGAACCUCCUGGCCUUCGGCGACGUGCGGUCCGUGCGGCUGACCUGCCGCGAGUGGGCGGCCUGCGUGUGCCAGACGCUGCAGCGCCUGGAGCCGGGCACGUCCCAGGUUGGCCGCAUUGUGCGCACCUUCCCCAGCCUGCAGAUGCUGGGACUGCGCAACAUCUACGAUAAGUUCGAGGUGGACCUGGCGCCGCUGACGCGGCUGUCCCACCUGCGGUUCCUCAACCUGGAGGGCCACAUCCCGCUCAGCGCCAAGGGCAUCGUCACCGUGCACGGCCUGCGCAAGAUCCGCAAGCUGAAGAGCCUCAGCAGCCUGCGGCUGUCGUGCUUCCGGAUCGCGGCGGACGACACGCUGCGCUCGGUGGGCCUGCUGACCGGCCUGACCGCGUUGGCGCUCAGCGGGAGCAAGGAGGUAAUCGACACGCGGCUGGAGGCGCUCACGCGGCUGACGGACCUGGAGCGCCUCAACCUCAGCGGCUGUGACAAGGUGACGGCGGACGGCGUGCUGAGGCUGAAGAGCCUGCCCAAGCUGGUGCACCUGGACAUCAGCUUCUGCCGCUGCAUCGACGACCGGAUCGAGGACGCCUUCCUGGAGCUCAAGCGGCUGACGUACCUCGACCUGAGCGCCUGCUGGCUGGUGGGCGACGGGGGCCUGUCUGCGGUGGGCCUCAUGGCCGGCCUGCGCGUGCUCAAGCUCAGCUCUUGUUGGCAGAUCACGGACAGCGGCCUGGGCUUCCUGCGGGGCCUCAAGCAGCUGGUGUAUCUGGACCUGAGUGUGUGCGCGGAGAUAAGCGACGGCGGCCUGGCCAUAGUCUCCACCUGCCCGCAGCUCAAGUACCUGGACGUCUCGCACUGCGCCAAGCUCACCGACGCCGGCCUGGGCUUGCUGUGCCGCCUGCGGCACCUCUCCGCCCUCAACGUCUCCAGCUGCGACCGCAUCUCCGACGCGGGCCUGGCCGCGGUGGCCACGCUGGCGCCGCUCAUGCACCUGGACAUCAGUGCCUGCAGCAAGGUCACGGACAAGGCCCUCUUCGGCCUCAUCGCGCUGCCCGAGCUGCGCGACCUGGUGCUCAACGAGUGCCGCCUGGUGACGGACGAGUCGGCCCUCGCCCUGGGCCGGUGCUGCCGGCGGCUGGCCAGCCUGCACCUCAAGGGCUGCCCCGGCAUCUCGGAGGGCGCCGUGGGCCUGCUGGAGCAGAAGCACGGGAUCCGCGUGGUGUCGCGCAAGGAGCCAACGGUGCGGCCGCCGCUGGUGACGCAGAACGGGGCGGGGAUCUGA